GUGAUUUCCGCUUGGGGUCGCUGCUUUGGAAGCCGCCAUUUCAUCUCGUAUACUGCAACGUGGGGUGUGAUUUUGUUCGAAUUUGUCGGCACGGACUCGAGUGCUCCAUCUUACGGUGUCGCUUUCACAGAUGAGGAUGAAAGUGGAGUCGGAUGGCGAAGAAAAAGGGCCGAUGGGCAGUCUCGGUGGCGACAACAUCUCUCGGAGAAACAACCCCGCACUCUCAUUGCACCAUGAGAAGCUCUUUGUGGGCGGCCUCAGUUGGGAGACCACACAAGAAUCUCUUCAUCGGUAUUUCAGUCGCUUCGGAGAAGUUGUCGACUGUGUUGUUAUGAAAAAUAGCGAGUCUGGCCGCUCCAGAGGAUUUGGAUUUGUAACAUUUUCUGACCCCGGAAACGUUGGACUCGUCCUCGACAAUGGACCCCACAUGUUGGACGGACGAACUAUCGACCCUAAACCUUGCAACCCGAGGAGCAUGCAGAAGCCGAAGAGAAACAUCAACUGGCCUAAAGUGUUCCUCGGCGGCCUUCCGUCAAAUGUAACCGAAACAGACCUACGAAAUCACUUUGCAACCUUCGGAAAAGUGAUGGAGGUGGUCAUCAUGUACGACCAGGAGAAGAAGAAGUCGAGAGGAUUUGGAUUUUUGUCUUUUGAGACCGAUGAAGCUGUGGAUCGUUGUGUGGCUGAACAUUUCAUCAACCUAAAUGGCAAACAGGUUGAGAUAAAAAAAGCGGAGCCCAGAGACAUGAAGAUGGGUGACGGACCCCAAGGCCAGUGGGGACCCCCGCAGGGCGGACCUCCAAUGGGCAUGGGAGGUGGCAUGGGACACAUGGGCGCACACAAUGGCCAAAUGACAGGCCCAAUGGGUGGCCACAUGGGACACAUGGGUCCUCACGGCAGCAUGAUGCAGAGCUACCAGGGCUGGGGCACGCCACCGCAGCAGCAGAGCUACCCAGGCCAUUGGGGGCCCCCUCCCUCGAGCCAGCCGCCAGUUAAUGUUUAUCUUUCCAAAGGUUAUGGCAAUCCUGGCGGACCUGGCAGUUAUCAGGGCUGGGGAGCACCUCCGGGCCACCAGGGACAGCAGCUGCCACCGCAGUGGGGCGCAAACUUUGGCGGACCACCCACUCAACAAGGCUAUGGCGGAUAUGAUCUCGAGGGAAUUGCAACUCACGCCAGCCCAUCAAUCGUGAUUUCAGGUGACAUGUAUCAGAGACAGUCGGGACCCGGCAACCCUAAUGCUCAGCACGGCCAGGCGUCUGGAGGCAGCACCUCUGGCCAAAAAGGAAGCAAUGACUACAAUUCCUAUCCCAGCACGUACAACAUGGGCAACUAUGCCCAAGAAGCGUCAAAUUACGGUCCUGCGCGCAGUUACAGCCAGGAUGCGGCAAGUCAGGGCGGUGGCGGCUACGGCCACCCUCCACCCCCAGGUGGGAAUAAUUUCGAGUUUUCGGAUUGGUCGUCGUGACAGGGGCGAGGCUCUUGGGCGCGGGUUCAGCAGCAGCAUAGCCCUUCUGCCCCCUCGUACUGGAUGCAAAGUUUUUAGUGUAUGACAGAAUAAAAUAAGUAAAAAAGAGUUUAAGGAUGAAAGAAAGAAUUCAAAAAAGAGAUCAUGCUACUAAACUAAUAAUUAAAUUAAAUUCUAAUGAUUACAAGUAAUGAGAAAUUAUCAUCGUAAGAAAAAUGAAGGCCUGGCUUUUUGACUGAUGUAAAUAGAUAAAAUGGUCGUUUUAUUAAUUCAGUUACUCAGACUUGUCCCGUACAUGUGGA